UUGAAUUCAAAGUCGUCGCGCGGACAGACUGACGAAGCGCGUCGACGAACGAAACAGGCGCGCGUGCGACGAAACAACGAAUUGUUGGCGUCGCUGAAAGUGCGCGAAUCGAAAGAUGCGCUAGAGAAAUCCGCGGGCGAGGCGAAGGACUCGAAGCGAAAGAGACGAGAGAAGAAGGAGGAGACGCCGGCGGAGCCGACGCGACGAAGCGCAAGAAUGCGAGGCGAGUCUUCGAAGGGGCGAUGGGUGGAAAUUGGCGAAGAUGAUAAGCCCAAGGGAGAAAUCGACGAGGCUUUGGAGUGCCACUUGACGUGCGACGAGUACUGCGCGAUGCAUGGACUCGAACCUGGCCCGAAAAUGGUCGGAGGGUUCCACGGUUGGGUGGAGGAAACAGAACGAAUCCGACUCGGCAUCGCGGAGAAUGCGAACAAGGCUUGGGAGCUAAACGGUGGUGGCUCGGGAGACCGCAGGCCCGGAAAGGGCGAACAAGCUCGAGAUCACGCGAGGCGAAUGCUGUAUAAGAAUCCCAACGCGUACUUUUACCGGCACACUGGCGGAGAAGAGCAGCGCAACGGAGACUGGGAUGAAGGCGAAAUCGAGCGGUUCGUCGAGGUGGCGAAACAGUACGGCUGCGGCGACAAGUGGGGAUUGUUCGCGUCUUACAUUCCCGGGCGCGUCGGUUAUCAAUGUUCGGCCGCGUACCGACAUAUCAUCAUUCCGAGAGGUUUGCUGCGAGAUGAUUCGUGGCGUCUGACUCCGUCGGGCGAAGCGAUUUUCGCCGGGCGGAACAAGUAG